AUGCAGGAACAAGAAACUUUGCAGCUGCAGUCGCUUAAAUCCAUUCUUCUUCACAUAACCGCUCAGCGCAAGAUUUUUCCUUCCACCAAUCCUGGACCACGAAAUCGCUUUCUGUGCUGGCUUAACAAUGGUAUCAGGGAUGCACUCUCUAUGAAUUACCUCCACCAGAUCGUUUUGACCGUUUACACGGAAAAAAACCGACCAGAUGUAAUCCUGGAAUCUUACACGAUUACCGUUACAGGAAAGCUUGGCGAGCAAAGACCUGAUAAGGACAUUUCUGAUGUUCUUAAAAUGCUUGCGCCACUGCCGAGCAGGAGGUACUUGUCAAUGAGAUUAGUUUACAAUGAGAAAUGCCCGGAGGAGUACGAACCAGAGGGAUUCAAACGAGCCGAUUAUGAGUACGUAAUGAAAGGAAAUAAGAUAUUAAUGAAGGAAGACAUACAAACAGAGAGUAGAAUGGAGAUAAAUAAAGAAGGAGGAAACGAAGGAUUGGAAAAUGAACGAGGUGAAGGUACAAGUAGCACAAUCGGUGUGUGGAACGAGCGCGGAGUUACCAAUGAUAAGGCUUUAGGAGACUUCAAACUUAGAAAUGAGGAUGUAAGAGAAAAACUCAGACUAUCAACAAUUGAAAACAGUGCAAGUGAACGCAAAAAUACCGAGGGUAGUACAGAAACGAAGAGAAUUGUGCAAGUCAAGACGGAAAAAAAUGUGGGUGUUUGUGUAGAUGAAAGCAAAAAAGUUUGCAGUUCAACAGAGAACAAACUGCAAAGUGGCUAUUCAGAUGCGAUGGGAAAGGAACUUAACAUCGGUUCUACAGGCAGAGCGGAUGUGAUCAGUGCAGCUGAGUUUUGUCCGAAAGUAAAUCACACCGGAUCAAGAACUACCUCCGUUGUUAACUGCAUAUGCAGAAUAAAUCACAGUGAUCUUGAUAUGCUUCAAUGUGACAAAUGCAAUGCCUGGUCACACACGGUAUGCUGCGGAUUCUUCUCCAACAACGACAAGCGGAUCCCUCAGUUCUACACAUGUAAUAUUUGCCUUGACAAUAACAUUUCAAAACUGGCGCUUUAUAGAAGAGCUUUAUCCGUAAACUACAACGAGGAGAUACUCGGCAUACGAUGGCUUGGUAAGCGUUUAGGUGUCAGGGAAGGUGUUGCUGGAAGGCUCAUCAAAAAACUGUUGAACGACGGGUUUGUACGAACAGUUGCGCUGAACAUACGUCAUAAAAAGUACAUAGCCGUUAAGAAUGAGAAUGUUAAGAAGAAGGUGAAAAAGUAUUUUUAUAUUGGGAGAGUGAAACACUCCCUACCGAUUAAAGACAUUUCCAUGGCACGGCCGUAG